AAUUGUCCAAACACAGAGAAAAACUCCUGCUGAAGCGACUGAUCUCCACACUGUUAUAAAGAUGGCGUUUAUUAAAGAGGAGAGUGAAGAUGUGAAGAUUGAAGAAACAUUCAGAGUCAAACAGGAAGAUCUGCAGGAACAAACAGACAUAAUUGAAGAGAAUGAGGGGAGUAAAGAGGAGGAACUUCAUGUCAAAAUUGAGGAAAAAACUAAUUUACAGACUGAUGGUAUUUUGAAAAGAAGAGACCAGAAUCGUUUCACCUGCACUCAGUGUGGAAAGAGUUUUGGAAGAAAAGGCUAUCUUAAGAUUCACAUGAGGAUCCACACUGGAGAGAAACCAUUCACAUGCACUCAGUGUGGGAAGAGUUUCAUCCGCUCAUCAUCCCUUAAUAUACACAUGAGGAUCCACACUGGAGAGAAACCUUUCACAUGCACUCAGUGUGGGAAGAGUUUCAUCCGCUCAUCAUCCCUUAAUAUACACAUGAGGAUCCACACUGGAGAGAAACCUUUCACAUGCACUCAGUGUGGGAAGAGUUUCAGCCAAUCAUCAUCCCUUAAUCACCACAUGAUGGUCCACGCUGGAGAGAAACCAUUCACAUGCACUCAGUGUGGGAAGCAUUUCAGCUGCUCAUCUCACCUUAAACACCACAUGAGGAUCCACACUGGAGCGAAACCAUUCACAUGCACUCAGUGUGGGAAAAGUUUUAGCCAGUCAUCACCCCUUAAUAAACACAUGAGGAUCCACACUGGAGAGAAACCAUUCACAUGCACUCAAUGUGGGAAGAGUUUCAGACACUCAUUAUCCCUUAAUCAACACAUGAGGAUGCACACUGGAGAGAAACCAUUCACAUGCACUCAGUGUGGGAAGAGUUUCUGCCAAUCAUCUUCCCUUAUUCAACACAUGAGGAUCCACACCGGAGAGAAACCAUUCACAUGCACUCAGUGUGGGAAGAGUUUCAGCCAAUCAUCACACCUUAAUCGACACAUUAGGAUCCACACCGGAGAGAAACCAUUCACAUGUACUCAAUGUGGGAAGAGUUUCAGCCAAUCAUCGAACUUUAAUCUACACAUGAGGAUCCACACCGGAGAGAAACCAUUCACUUGCACUCACUGUGGGAAGAGUUUCAGCCAAUCAUCAAACUUUAAUCUACACAUGAGGAUCCACACUGGAGAGAAACCAUUCACAUGCACCCAGUGUGGAAAGACUUUCAGCCAAAUAUCAGCCCUUAGCAAACACAAAAAAAUCCACACUGGAGAGAAACCAUUCACAUGCACUCAGUGUGGGAAGAGUUUCAGCCAAUCAUCAUCUCUUAAUAGUCACAUAAGGAUCCACACUGGAGAGAAACCAUUCACAUGCACUCAAUGUGGGAAGAGUUUCAGCACAUCUUCAUCCCUUAAUAGUCACAUGAGGAUCCACACUGGAGAGAAACCAUUCACUUGCACUCAGUGUGGGAAGAGUUUCAGCAAAUCAUCACACCUUAAUCUACACAAGAUGAUUCACACUGGAGAGAAACCAUUCACAUGCACUCAGUGUGGGAAGAGUUUCAUCCAAUCAUCAUCCUUUAAUCUACACAUGAGGAUUCACACUGGAGAGAAACCAUUCACAUGCACCCAUUGUGGGAAGAGUUUCAUCCGCUCAUCAUCCCUUGAUCUACACAUGAUGAUCCACACUGGAGAGAAACCCUUCACAUGCACCCAGUGUGGGAAGAGUUUCAGCCAAUCAUCACACCUUAAUCAACACAUGAUGAUCCACACUGGAGAGAAACCCUUCACAUGCACUCAGUGUGGGAAGAGUUUCAGCCAAUCAUCACACCUUAAUCAACACAUGAGAAUCCACACUGGAGAGAAACCAUUCACAUGCAUCCAGUGUGGUAGGAGUUUUAACUGCUUAUCAUCCCUUAAUCAACACAUGAGAAUCCACACUGGAGAGAAAUCAUUCACAUGCACUCACUGUGGGAAGAGUUUCAACCAACCAUCAAACCUUAAUCACCACAUGAGGAUCCACACUGGAGAGAAACCAUUCACUUGCACUCAGUGUGGGAAGAGUUUCAUCCGCUCGUCAUCCCUUAAUCUACACAUGAGGAUCCACACUGGAGAGAAACCAUUCAAAUGCACUCAGUGUGGGAGAAGUUUUAGCAAAUCAUCAUCCCUUAAUCUUCACAUCAGGAUCCACACUGAAGAGAAACCAUUCACAUGCACUCAGUGUGGGAAGAGUUUUAGCCAAUCAUCACGCCUUCAUCAACACAUGAUGAUCCACACAGGAGAGAAACCAUUCACAUGCACUCAGUGUGGGAAAAGUUUCAUCCGCUCAUCAUCCCUUAAUCUACACAUGAUGAGCCACACUGGAGAGAAACCAUUCACAUGCACUCAGUGUGGGAAGCGUUUCAGCCAAUCAUCACACCUUAAUAAACAUAUGAUGAUCCACACUAGAGAGAAACCUUUCACAUGCGCUCAGUGUGGGAAGAGUUUUAGCCAAUCAUCACGCCUUAAUGAACACAUGAUGAUCCACACAGGAGAGAAACCAUUCAAAUGCCUUCAGUGUGGGAAGAGUUUUUGCCAAUCAUCAAACCUUAAUCUGCACAUGAUGAGCCACACUGGAGAGAAACCAUUCAAAUGCCUUCAGUGUGGGAAGAGUUUUUGCCAAUCAUCAAACCUUAAUCUACACAUGAUGAUCCACACAGGAGAGAAACCAUUCACAUGUACUCAGUGUGGGAAGAGUUUUAACUGCUUUUCGCACCUUAAUCAACACAUGAGGAUCCACACUGGAGAGAAACCUUUCAAAUGCACUCAGUGUGGGAAGAGUUUCAGACAGUCAACAAACUUUAAUCUACACAUGAGGAACCACACUGGAGAGAAACCAUUCACUUGCACCCAGUGUGGGAAGAGUUUCAGCCAAUCAGCAUCCCUUAAUCAACACUUGAGGAUCCACACUGGAGAGAAACCAUUCACUUGCACUCAGUGUGGGAAGAGUUUCAGCCAAUCAUCAUCCCUUAAUCUACACAUGAGGAUCCACACUGGAGAGAAACCAUUCACAUGCACUCAGUGUGGGAAGAGUUUCAGACAAUCAUCAUCCCUUAAUCUACACAUGAGGAUCCACACUGGAGUGAAACCAUUCACUUGCACUCCGUGUGGGAAGAGUUUCAGCCAAUCAUCAAACCUUAAUCUACACAUGAGGAUCCACACUGGAGAGAAACCAUUCACUUGCACUCAGUGUGGGAAGAGUUUCAGGCAAUCAUCAAACCUUAAGCUACACAUGAGGAUUCACACUGGAGAGAAACCAUUCACUUGCACUUGAGCCGCGGUCACACUGGAUUUUUCUCCCCUUAGACUUCCAUUCAUACGCACGUUAAUGCGUCAGACCGAAAACGCAAGUUUGUGCGUCAAGUUUCGCAGUUCACUGCCUUGCAAAGAUCAAGCUUUGUGAAUUCUGACCUGCGAAAUCACAUCACUUGACUGUGUGAGACCAAUCGAAGAUCAAAACAUGACCUCUCUGGACAGAAAUUUAAAAUAUGGACCAAUCGCUCACUUUUUUAAUGUCUAAUCAUCUUGUUUAAUCCCGCUCCUUUUCGCAGUGCCAUACAACAGAAUUUUGCAUUCUCAAACUAGUGUGCCCGCUGCUUCGGUGUAGGAUGAGUUUCAACAACUCAUCAGACCUUAAACACAUAAAGACCCACACUGGAGAGAAACCAUUCACAUGCACUCAGUGUGGGAAGAGUUUCAACCGAUCAGCAAACCUUAAUGAGCACAUGCAGAUCCACACUGGUGUGAAAGAGUAUAUGUGCUUGAGUGUGAGAAGACUUUUAUUACAGCUCUAAAAUUGAAACUGCACCAGACGAUUCACACUGAAGAGACCGUACAAGUGUUCACACUGUGACAAGAGGUUUAAUCGGUAACACAUCUGAAAACACAAAAGAGGAUUAACACUAGAGGUAAACCGUACAGAUCUGAUCAGUGUCUACAGAAUUGAACAAAAAGUUGCACACAUGACAUAAAUACAGCAAAACAUUUUCCCACUUGCACAGGAUGUUUUAAUGUCUGAAUAAUGUUUGAAAAGGCUGAGUGACGGCAUACUGUUUUUCCAACACUCCUACACUGCAGUAGGAGGAGUUGUAAAUGUGUCGCUCUCCUCGCGUUUACCGUAAACACAAUGAUGGUGGCUGAGAGAAGAACAGUUUUAUAAACAUCUGGCAAACGGCACCUCUGUGGCUUAAAAUCUCUCUUUGCAAGUGAUUGUACAGGUGUGGAUACAUCUGUACUCCACUCUCCAGUGUAUUUGUGUAGCUGGUGUUGUUUUGGAUGAUGUUCUCUGUCUGACUCCCUGAAUGAGAAACAUCAAUGGGAAGACACCGCACAUCAAAGAAGGUGGAGCUCCAGGACAGUUAGUUUGCAGUAUACCAGGGCCUCAACUUUAGAAAGCCCAUUCAAUUGUCCUAUGUUGCAUCUUUUAUUAGUGGAGUUUCUUUACUUUUAGGUUCAAGAUUCUUUCUAGUUUACUUCAUUUACUUUUUUGAGUAGAAUGCAAACUUGAUGAAUAUUUGAUGAUUUAGGCAGAGCAACAGGUAUGAAGUUUUACAAUAUUAAUACAAUGUGAUGAUCCCAAGACUCCAGAUUGGAGUAUGUGGUAAAUCCUGAUUGGAUGCCUGCAUUACUCAUCAAUGGGUAUAAAAAAAGGAUGUUGUGUUAGCUACCCCAGGACGCUGUGGCUACUCAGGAGUCCUCAUGACAAGUCCUGCCAUCUUAUUGACUCUUUAACCUCAUGGUUUUGUUUUGCAUUACUUGUAUCAUGUAGUUAAAGUGUUGUUGUGAUUAUAUCCUAAGUUCUUUAUCUUCAUUAUUAUCCUUAGACAUUUGUUGGUUGCUUUGAUUGAUUGUUCUAUGAGUUACAUUUUAUAAUAAAUGAUUUGCA